GCGAGGGUUGGAUGGUGCGUGCUUGCUUCCUCUAUAUAAAACGAAUGCGCGGCGACGGCGCAUCAGUUUGUGACCGAUUCGGAAGACAGACGCAUACACGAUGACGGCGAGAUGGAUACUAUUGUUGGCAGUGGUGGCGGCGGCGCACGCGCAAUUCCCCAACGGACGCAUCCUCGAGCCCCCAAUACCCUCACAUUGCGUCAACAGAGUCAUACACGAAAGAUAUGCCGACAAUAAGGGUUAUUUCUUCUCGUGGCGCGACCCCGCUCUGCGUGGUGUGGAAGAGGACUGGCUGAGUGCAAGGAACUACUGCCGGCAACGCUGCAUGGACCUCGUCUCCUUGGAGACCAGCGACGAGAACGAGUGGGUGAAAGCGCGCAUCAUUCAAGACAAGGUGAAAUACAUCUGGACGUCGGGCCGCCUGUGCGAUUUCAAGGGCUGCAACCGACCUGACCUGCUACCCAAUGAGAUCAACGGCUGGUUCUGGACCGCUGAGCUGCAGAAGUUGCCGCCCACCACCAACAGACAACAGAACGACUGGUCCGAAGGCGGCGGCAUCGGCAAACCGCAACCUGAUAAUCGGGAACUUCACCAAGGCGGCGCUGCGGAGCACUGUGUGGCUAUCCUGAACAACUUCUACAACGACGGUGUACAUUGGCACGACGUAGCCUGCCAUCACCGCAAACCUUUCGUGUGCGAGGAAAACGACGCUCUCCUCAAAUACGUCAGAUACACGAACCCCAAUUUACGAGUGUAAUUAUUUAAAAAUAAAUAACAUAAGUACAUAAAAUCGAUUCACAAAGUAUAUACUUUGUAUUCGGUUUAAACCAAAAACAUGUAAAAGAAAUUUUACCGCAGAGAAAUAAACUGGACAUAUGCAAAUUGGUUACAAACAUUAGCAAAUUGGUAAACACUGUCUCUGUGUAAUAGAAACUAUUUUCUACACUUUCAUGUUUAGUCUUAAGUUUUACCUCAUUACAUAUUAUAUUUAUUACAGUAUUGUAAAACUUUGAAUGCAGUCCAUAAUUACAAGAAAAUUUGUGUUAUUUUAAGUAUUUAUAAUCUUUUAAUAAAGACUGCUAAAAGUA